AUGAAUAAAAAAUCAUCGACGUGUAAUGUAAAACUGUGUUCGAGCAAUGAUUUACCAACUUCGUCGGAAGUUCGUGUUUGUCUAGGCCCGUCUUUGGCAGAAAUAUUUUUCGAAUAUAGUCACGAUGACACGAAAAAGCUUCUGGACUUGAUUACGCCGCAAACAACGCUAAAAUCCUGUUUCACAAUUCCAGCUGAUGAUCAUUUACAGGACGAUGUAUCACCGUUAACCGACGAUGAAGUCAUUAAAGCAAACGCGCAUACAAAUAUAUUGAAAAUAGGUGGAGAACUCCUAGAAUGCUUCCAGAAACAAGUUCAAAAGGAGUUGCGCGAAAAAAUAGAAAAACAAUCGCAAGUAAAAUUUUACAUGUAUCAGGCGAAAAAAAGGAGAGAAGCUGAGAUCAAGGCGCAGGUGUUACACGAAAAAUACAAAGAUUACAUGAAAACCGUUCAACAUCAGUUACAGGAACAACUCGAUAUCGAAUGGGCGAAUGCUGCUACAGAAUGUACAAAAAAUAUCCAAAAAUCAGUGGUGCAAGAGCGAAUCAACGUAACUCGCGAUAUGAUGGAAAAAAUGCGGACCGAAGUCGCUUACGUUGUACAGUCGUUAUACCAAGAAUUCGAGGAAUCUUUUCGUGCUCAAAGAGAAAACAUAAUCGCUGAUUUCAAUGGAAUUAUGAGGGAAACGCACGUGAAAUUAAACGCGGAGAAAAAAGAAUUCGAGACGAAAGUUGGCAGAGAAUUGUACACUCAGAAGAACCAACUUCGAAUGCAAAACACCGUAAAUAUAAUACAUGUUCUCUGUUUGGAACGAAUACGAUUUUGUAGAGAAAAGCAUACCAUACACAAGUACUUUCAGAAACAAAUUGCUGGAUUGCACGAAUUGAUUGCCCGAUUGAACAAUGUUAUAACCGCGAUGAGGGAAGAGAUUAUUGAAUGUCACGUGGAGAAAAAAUCACUGGAAGAACAAAUUUGUGAUGUUACUAGGCAGUUUCAGAAAUUCAUAAAUUUCGUGUUUAAUGCUGUGCCGGGACAAGCAGAAUAUUUGCUACCACUAGAAUUACAAGGAUUGGUUGUUUCUGAUAAGGAUAAAAAAGAAAAAAGUAGUAAAUAG